UUCCUGUCCCGGAAAUAUUUUUUUAAUAACCCAGAGGAUGGAUUUUUUAAGAAAACUAAAAGAAAGGUAGUGCCUCCUUCACCAAUGACAGAUCCUACCAUGUUGACAGAUAUGAUGAAAGGGAAUGUAACCAAUGUUCUGCCUAUGAUCCUCAUUGGUGGUUGGAUCAACAUGACGUUUUCGGGAUUCGUCACAACAAAGGUCCCCUUUCCUCUGACGCUGCGUUUUAAACCAAUGUUGCAGCAGGGAAUUGAACUACUCACUCUGGAUGCAUCCUGGGUGAGCUCUGCUUCCUGGUACUUUCUGAAUGUGUUUGGACUCAGAAGCAUUUAUACUCUCAUCCUGGGCCAAGAUAAUGCUGCAGAUCAGUCUAGGGUGAUGCAAGAACAGAUGACAGGGGCAGCAAUGGCCAUGCCAGCAGAUACUAAUAAAGCAUUUAAGACGGAAUGGGAAGCUUUAGAAUUGACGGAUCAUCAGUGGGCCUUAGAAGAUGUAGAAGAGGAGCUCAUGGCAAAAGACCUCCACUUUGAAGGCAUGUUUAAGGAAGAACUUCAGACCUCCAUCUUCUGAAUUUGAGAAUAUGCUUUUUUCUCUUCUUACAAAAGGAAUUUGAAAAGAAAUCUGUUACUUAAAACUAUAUGAUGUAUUUUAGCAAGGCUGAGAAUAAAAGAAAAACACCAUGUUCAGAA